AUGCCAUAUCCUGAUGAAGCGUCUUUAGCUGAUUCACAAAAUCGCCUAAUAUAUGAGGAGCGUUGUUACACCCAAUUAGAUCGUGGAAACGAGUACGAAAGGCAAAUGAGUAUGCUAAACGAUGAACAACGGUCUGUUUUUGAAGAAAUACUGAAAGCCGUUGACGGUGAUGCAGGUGGUGUAUUCUUUGCCUAUGGAUAUGGUGGAACCGGUAAAACAUUCUUAUGGAAGACAUUGUCUGCGACAAUUAGAUCUAAGGGUCAAAUUGUGUUAAAUGUCGCAUCAAGUGGAAUUGCAUCGUUGCUACUGACUGGGGGCAGGAAUGCACACUCCCGGUUUCAUAUUCCUUUAAAUCUUACUGAGGAUUCAGUUUGUCAUAUAAAACUAGACAGUGACACAGCUAGAUUACUACGUGAAACCAAGUUAAUUAUAUGGGAUGAAGCCCCAAUGGUUCAUAAACACGCAUUCGAAGCUUUGGAUAGAACGAUGAAUGACAUAUUAAAUAUGGACACUUCCAUAGGUUCUGAAAUUUUGUUUGGAGGUAAGGUUAUUGUUUUUGGUGGUGAUUUUAGACAAAUUCUUCCUGUUGUCCCCAAUGGUGGAAGACAAGAGAUAGUGAAAUACCUCGCUUUGUUCGUCAUAUUUGUGGAGUAA